AUGACCGACCUCACCGUUUUGCAUGCCCCCAAUGCCCUCUUCCCGACUCAGUCCACCAGUCUCGGUCUCGGUUUCACCUUCCAACAUCGAUCGAGCCAGUUCACCGCAACACCGAUGGUCACACUUUCAACGGAAGACCUAAACUCGCCUACAUCGUCCUCAUCUGAUCCCCACUCUCCUCCCGCAGAACUACGACCGCACGCACCACAACCCCAGCACGUAGUCGACGACACUCACCUCUCGCCACCUACCAAUACCUUUACGUCCAGGCCACCGAGGAGACGACCUUCUUUGGGACAACGUCCGUCGUCCGCCCCGCCUACGACGACUAGAUACACGAAUCGGAGAGGUAGUGUCGACGUAUUUGAGCAGCCAGUGUUGAGUCCGAGGACACCACGUACGCGAGGCGUAAACUACGCCAGGAGCAGAGGAGAACCUGAGCUGAUCAAACCUCCGCCACCUCUUUUCCGUCCAAAGACCUUUUGGCGCCACACCACUCGUUCGGGCGUGACUUCGUCCUCCUACUCUCCAUCAUCGCACCUCAUUCGACGCUCGACAUUCAUCGCCGCAGGCCUUGACCUCGAUCGACCCAGAGCCGACCUCUCUGCACUCGGUGUUGAAUCAAGAAUCGGCCUCGUCAUUCUUCCUCCCUCGUAA